CGUCACCACCGCUUCUGUGUCUUAAACAUUAUUCCAACAAGUGAGAGAGACGCAAAAAAUGACGACUCUUUCAUCCUCUCUAUUAUCUUCUUCUUCUUCUUCUCCUCUAUGCAAAUCCAGAUUCUCUUCAACUCCUCUCCUAUCAAGAACUAACUUCAUCUCUUUCUCCACCGUCACAUCGCCGGCGAUUCUUUCCCUCUCCGUCAAACAUCAACGCCACAGAAACUCUCUCCAAGUGAAAUCAGUAGCUAGUCCAACGGAGACGGCGUCAGAGUUCGAUGAGAUGGUCUCAGGGACGAAGAGGAAGUAUUACAUGUUAGGAGGGAAAGGAGGAGUGGGGAAAACAAGCUGCGCUGCUUCUUUAGCUGUGAGGUUUGCUAACAAUGGACAUCCAACUCUUGUUGUCUCCACAGAUCCAGCUCAUUCCUUGAGUGAUUCCUUUGCUCAGGAUUUGACUGGAGGAAUGCUUGUGCCUGUUGAAGGACCUGAAUCUCCUUUGUUUGCUCUUGAAAUAAACCCUGAGAAGGCUAGAGAAGAGUUUCGUAGUGCAUCUCAGAUGAAUGGAGGCACUGGUGUCAAAGAUUUUAUGGAUGGUAUGGGACUUGGUAUGCUUGUUGAACAGUUGGGGGAACUUAAACUUGGAGAAUUGCUGGACACACCGCCUCCUGGAUUGGAUGAAGCCAUUGCUAUCUCUAAGGUCAUUCAAUUUUUGGAAUCACCUGAGUACAACAUGUUCACCAGAAUCGUGUUUGACACAGCCCCAACGGGUCAUACACUGAGACUACUCUCCUUACCAGACUUCCUUGACGCCUCCAUAGGUAAAAUCUUGAAGCUUAGGCAGAAAAUAACCUCAGCUACUUCAGCAAUCAAAUCAGUCUUUGGGAAAGAAGAUAACAAGCCUGAUGCUGCUGACAAAUUGGAAAAGUUAAGAGAGAGGAUGGUUAAAGUUAGAGAGCUUUUUCGUGACACAGAGUCUACAGAGUUUGUCAUUGUCACUAUCCCCACGGUAAUGGCUGUGAGCGAGUCUUCUAGAUUAAGUGCUUCAUUGAAGAAGGAAAGUGUCCCUGUCAAAAGACUUGUUGUUAAUCAGAUUCUCCCUCCAUCCUCCUCUGACUGCAAAUUUUGUUCCAUUAAAAGAAAGGACCAAAUGCGAGCUCUUGAUAUGAUAAGGGAGGAUUCAGAACUCUCAGGUUUGACAUUAAUGCAGGCUCCACUUGUAGACAUGGAGAUCAGAGGUGUCCCUGCUCUACGCUUCUUGGGAGAUAUCAUUUGGAAAUGAGAUCACAGCACACAUUAUUAUUGUAAUGAGAAGAAGAAGCAAGUUCAAUUGUAUGAGAUAGUGUUGGUUACAACUUACAUUACAUAGUUUUGGCACAGUUGUUGGAAUGGAAUGAUACUUAAAACAAUAAAAUAUUGCAAUUCUUGGGGAGCAAAAGCCUCAAGAUAUUUACAUAGGUAUGCAUAGUAUAAGACCUACAAUAACCCAUUAUUCUCAUGGACAAAAAUAUU